AUGGGGCCAGCUAUUUGUGGUGGUAGUUCAGGUAGAGGCAAUCAUUAUGGGUACAGUUCAUGCAUUCGAACUUGCCCAGGGCAGUCUGCUACUUGGAGGAGGAUGUUGGACGCUUGGUUGGUGGCAGAGAGGCAUAUAAGGUGGAUAGUGGGUAGUGGAAACUCAAGUUUUUGGCACGAUAAUUGGUUAGGAUCAGGGCUGCUGUGUCGACAAGUGGAAAUUUUUCAAGAACAACCAGUUGCGGAUUUUGUGGUUCAAGGUGGUUGGAAUUGGGUCUUGGAUGUUGAUCCACCAUCUUCAGGUCAGGUCUUACCUUUGAAGGUCUCCUUUUUUAUGGUGCGAUUAAUGAGUGGCAGGAUACCUGUUAUGGGUGUAUUGCAUAAAUUUGGGGUAGUAGGCCCUUCUCGGUGUUUUUGCUGUCGAGACCCUUCUCAAGAGACUAUUAACCAUAUUUUUUGUAUUGGUGAUGUUGCUAGACAGGUCUGGAGUUUCUUUGAAGUGUUGGUUGGCGGGUUUGGUGAAGCUUUUACGAUAAGGCAUAAGGUGAUUAGUUGGUGGCUAAAAUCUGGUAAAUGCCCCUAUAUUAAGUUAUUAUUUCGACUUCUGUCCUCACUGAUUUGUUGGAACUUAUGGAAAGCGAGAAAUAAGUUUGUUUUUAAAGAGAAGCUGUUGACUAUGAAACAAGUUUGUGACCGAGUUUUUAUUGAGUUUAGAGAGAGGUUCGGCGUUCAGUUCCGGGAAAUUAUUAUUCCUUGUUCAUCGUGGCCUAGUUUCUUUGAUGCAGUAGCUGGGUUGGGAAGUGUUGUGAAUGUGGUGCAGGUUAGAUGGAAAUGUCCGGUGCAAGCAAUCGUGAAGUUAAAUUCAGAUGGAUGCUUAAGGGGCAACCCUAGGAGGAGUGGAGGGGGAGGUCUGUUCAGGGAUAGUGAUGGGAGAGUCCUGUUAGCAUUCUCCUGUUACUUUGGGGAGAUGACUAGUUUACAAGCGGAAGUCAAAGCGCUACUCCAUGGGGUGCAGUUAGUAAUAGCUCGAGGGCUGGCCAAUUUUCAUUUGGAGUCUGACUCGUUAGUUCUUAUCCAGCUUAUUCAGGGUAGAGCUAAGUGUCCGUGGGUGGUGCAGCGGGAAUUACAAGAAUUGGUCCAGUAUAGUCAUCUCUACAUCGAGAUAUCACAUUGUUUUUGA